UUUGUUUGCGUGUUUGUGAUUUUAUUAAAAUGGCGAAACGCGUUACCAAUUUUAGCAAAAACGAGGAAACUCUACUAUUAGAUUUAGUACUUAAAUAUAAGGACAUACUUGAAUGCAAAAAAACCGAUACGAGUAACAAUAAAAUAAAGUGGGAAGUGUGGAUGCAACUCACUAAAGAGAUUAAUUCCGUCAGUGGGGAAACGACGAGGGAUGUAAAAGGACUUAAAAACAAAUAUGAGAAUAUCAAAAAACGGACCAAACAAAAAUUUGCGGGUAUAAAGAAGUACGCAAGUGGAACUGGCGGGGGUCCACCACAAAAUCCCGUUUUUACAAACACCGAUGAGGCUUUACAUGAGAUCAUAGGCCCGCAAAUUACUGGUACACAGUCCAGUUAUGACUACGAUUCGAAGGAAAGAGCAAUGCCAGGACACGCCACCUUCAAAAGUCUGGAUAGCCUAUCAAACUUUCUUCCUUCUACAAGUGAAAGAACAAUGACAGGACACUCCACCUCCAAAGGUCUGCAAAAGCCAUCAACAGCCAGAGGUAUGAAUAGGGAGGAAAACUUGCUUACUUCUACUAGUGGUAUGUACAGUUACGAUCACUGA